AUGUCCUGGCAAGCUUAUGUCGACAACAAUCUCAUCGGCACCGGAAAGGUGUCGAAGGCCGCCAUCCUCGGUCUUGCAGGAGGCGUUUGGGCAUCAUCUCCUGGCUACACUUUGUCGUCAGAUGAACAGAAAGCCAUUAUAGCUAGCUUCGCCAGCCCCGGAACCGCCCAAGCGAGUGGUAUUCGUCUGGCUGGCCAGAAGUUCUUCACGCUCCAGGCGAACGAACGUAGUAUAUACGGGAAGAAGGCGGCUGAUGGAUGUGUACUCGUGAAGACGAAGCAGGCGGUACUGGUCACGGAGUACGUCGCUCCUUUGCAAGCACCAGAGGCAACGCCGAUUGUUGAGAGUCUCGCCGAUUACCUGAUUGGGGUUGGAUAUUAG